UUUUAAUCUUACUUUUGAGUUUCAGCCUUAUGACAGUUUGUAUUCAAAUUACCCCGUAUGUCUGUAACUACCCCGCUUUAUCUUCCAUUACUUUUCGCGAACUGAGCUCAAGAACAGAGGUCAUCUUGCAGCCUCUCCUCUACCUUCUCAAGUCUAAAUCCAGUGUGAACAAAUUGAUGGAGACGCAUUCUGAUGAAGUAUUCCUGACAAAGUUCUGCGACCUGGGCGCUGCCUACCGAGACUCCGGGGACGAGGCAAAAGCCCAACUGCUAGAAGCGGCAGUGCAACGCGCCCGAACCGAAUCUCCAAGAGACCCUGCCACAGCACUCGGAUUCUUUGGUGCGCUUGUCUUGACCUUCCUGAAGCAAGGGCAAUGGAAUGCUGCUGCGGACCUGGGCGUCCAUGUCGUCGAUGCACGAACAACGCUGCUGGGCGCUGGACACCCAUCCACGAUGACGUCCAUGAGCAAUUUGGCGAGCGCAUAUUGGGGUCAGGGCCGGUGGGCUGAGGCGAUCCGUCUGAAUGUGUCUGUGAUGGAUGCUCGACGCCGGACAUUGGGAGAGGAACACCCACUUACUCUGACGUCGAUGUCUAAUCUUGCCUCUGCAUACCUGAAUCAGGGUCAAUGGGAAGAAGCUCAGCGGCUGCAGCUGCGGUUGGUGGAAAUUCAAACGCGAGUACUGGGGGAAGAUGACCCCUCGACGUUAACCUCCAUCGGGAAUCUGGCGGCAACAUACGAUGCGCUCGGUCGGUAUGACGACGCAGAGCGGCUGGAGAAGCAAGUUAUUGAGCAGAGUAUACGGAUACUAGGCGAUGAGGACGACUCGACACUGACGCGAAAGUCCAAUUUGGCCACAACGUAUUACGAGCAGGGUCGGUUGGCAGAGGCAGAGAAGCUGCAGCUCGACGUGAUGAAGAGGAGAGUGAAGAGCUUGGGAAGCCAACAUCCACUUACUCUCGCGUCGAUGGCGAAUCUGGCCACGACCUACCGCGAGCUCGAUCGACUGAACGAGGCGGAAGACCUCGAGACCCAAGUUGUGGAGAUGAGCAAAAGUGUUCUCGGGGAUGAUCAUCCGCAAACACUCAUGGCGGCAGAUAAUCUCGCUUCGACAUACUAUUGUCAAGGGCGCCUGGAAGAUGCAGCCCGGCUCAGGAAAAGCACAAUGGAAACGAUGAGAGCGGCGUUGGGGGAGAAACACCCUCUCACGCUGACAGCCACGGCCAACGUUGGCUUGAUAUACCAAAGCCAAGGACGGUCCAAAGAGGCGGAGGCGUUGACCCUGCAGGCUCUCAAAUCAAUGCAGCAGGCUCUGGGCGAAGAACACCCACACACACUGACGAUCAUGGCCAACCUCAGCACAAUCUAUCAAUCCCAGGGGAGAUGGCGCGAUGCAGAGAAAGUGGCCGAGAAAACGGUGCGUGGGAGGCAAAAAGUCUUGGGUAAACACCACCCGAAUACCCUGGGGGCCAUGGAAGACUUGGUGAGAAUCUGCCGAGUGCAAGCUGCAGACAGACGAAUGAGAUGAUUUUCCCUGUGUUUUAUCUGCAUUAAUACAUGUUGUAAAUGUUGUAAAUAUAUUUAUAUUUAGUAAAAUGCAAACAAGC